AUGAACUCGCUGAAUAUCCUAUCGGCUCGAGUCAUUGGCCAGUCCUCGCAUUCGAAGCGUAGCCGACAGCGAUCUCACUCUCACGGGGAUGUUUCUCCUGUAAUCCCCCCGGACGACCUUGCCAAGCUCCGUUCAUAUAGCGAAGGCAACUUUCAUGCACACGAUACGAAUGAGAAGACUCGCCAAGACACGCCCGAACCACCGGAGGAUGUUCACUUUGACGAGCAUACACUGGACGAGAAGUCUCCAUUACUACAUGGACUGCCAAAGAGCCCAUCCUCACUCGCUACUAGAAGCUCCCUAGGUCUAAUCGCACAGCGGCUCCUGGAAGCGGUCACCGAGACAAUCAAGUUCAUCCUGGAAACAUUGGUUUCGCCUGGGGUGUAUGUAGCUCAGAGCUUCAGAGAUGAGACUGGGAGCUACUCGCCUUUGGCGCCGGUGAGAAAGCUUCGACGCUCUAUAUCUGGUCCUUCGUCCUCAAGUAGUUCAAACACGCCUAACAAGUCUGCUACUCGAAUGGAAGGCAAGCGACGCUCUGGCUCUGCUAAAAAACUGAGAACCCAUUCCUCCCGAGAUUCUGUUGCUUCGAGUACUUCCGAGUCGGAAGGUGAUCGCCGCGUAAUGAAAGGUCUCACAAAUAGUCGACCUCGAGCCGCUAAGAAGACCUCAAGUGAAGACUCGGUAUCAGACGGGACGGCCCCGCGAAGGUCCAUUCGAAUCAAACUCAAUAAUGAGGAAGCUCUUCAGCGACAAAGGCAACGCCGGGCGCGGAGUGCUGACCUCGACCGGUCGCCGCGGAAUGGUAGUCACGACUCGGUCGACCCAGAUAGUUUGAAGUCGCCAGCCUCACCUUCUGUGCACCUAGUCACGCGAUACCCUCAUUCUCCGGUGCCUCCUCGACCGCUCAUCCCGUCUCGCCUCCCGUCAUACACGGCCACUGGCAGAAACGCCAGGAUUCCGCAGAAAACGCUCGUCCUUGACUUGGAUGAGACCCUCAUCCACUCACUCGCUAAAGGUGGCCGCAUGUCCAGCGGCCACAUGGUCGAGGUCAAACUAGCUACACCGAUGACGACUGCACUCUCACCUGGCGCUCCUCCUACUACUCUCGGACCUCAGCAUCCCAUCCUAUAUUAUGUACACAAACGACCUCAUUGUGACGAAUUCCUACGCAAGAUCUCCAAAUGGUACAAGCUAGUUGUCUUUACCGCAAGUGUGCAAGAAUAUGCCGAUCCAGUCAUCGACUGGCUGGAACAGGAGCGGAAAUACUUCCAAGCCCGGUACUACCGGCAACAUUGUACCUUCCGAAACGGCGCCUAUAUUAAAGAUCUCAGCUCGGUUGAGCCGGAUCUGAGCCGGGUCAUGAUCUUGGACAACAGUCCAAUGAGUUACAUCUUUCAUGAAGAUAACGCCAUUCCGAUCGAGGGCUGGAUCAAUGACCCUACAGAUAACGGCCUCCUCCAUCUCAUCCCAAUGCUAGAAGCCCUACAAUACGUCACUGAUGUCCGGGCUUUUCUAGCACUGCGUAGAGGAGAAGCAGACGCUCUAUGA